GAACGACGUGGUCAUUCGUUGGCUGUUAGUCGUCGCAGACAAUCGGAAUCCUCACCGCCUGGAGACGUGUUGGAUGAUGACACUGAUGAAUAUCGUGACUUCACACCACACAAUCAUCAGAACACAGAUCGGGAACAGACCAAUGCGGCAGCCUCCAAAAAGACACCGGUUCAACAAACUCAAGUUCCCGGGACCGGGCCAGGAAUGAAACGAAAGGUUUUCUCCCGAAAGCCCGAUUUUGUUGCGCCAUAUGAGAUAGUCCCAUGUAUGCGACCGGUCGUAUUCGUCGGACCGGCGUUGAAAGGGUACGAGGUCACAGAUAUGAUGCAGAAGGCUAUUUUCGAUGCCAUGAAGAAACAUUUUGAUGGACGGAUCAUUGUGAGUCGUGUCAGUACAAACUUGUCCAUGGCCAAGCGGGUAGGGGAUUUGCUUCAUCUGGACAAGAAAAAUGUUAUGGAACGUGGUCGAACUCGUCAACUUGUCAGUCUGCUCGAAGUACAACAGGAUUUGGAACGCAUCUUCCAUUUGGGCAGCAAAAUGCAACUGCUUCUGUUGGACUGUGACACGGUCAAUCAUCCAAGUCAAGUUUCUAAAACAUGCCUGGCCCCGAUCGUGAUUUAUAUCAAGAUAAGCAGUAUUCGAGUGCUAAACCGCCUGAUCAAGAACCGUGGAAAAGCCCAGAAGAAGUAUGCCGGUGUGCAAACAGCCGCGGCGGAAAAACUGCUACAAUGCCCCAAUGAAGCCUUUGAAUUCAUCGUAGAUCAAAAUACCCUGGGGGCAGCUACCGAUGCCCUUUGCCAUUUCUUGGAAGGUUAUUGGAAUGCUACUCAUCCACCGUGUACAUUGUCUAAAGCGGAGCGUUUAUUGGGUGUAGAAUCAAAUGAACCUGAUUCAGACAGACCUCUGGUUCCCAUGACUCCUGGACAUCCGGGUCUGAGUGUCGUAACAAAGUCGGCUUUAGACGCGGGUUUUACCAGUCAGGAAAUCAUUGCCUUAACUGGUGCGCGAGCGGCUGGAUGGCGUACCGAGAACGGUACACAAGGAGAUCAUGAGCAUGGUACGACCGGAAUGCAUUACGGUGGCAGUGUCGGUAGCGAGUAUAACGCGGUUCACGUUUCCGGUCGAGGCCACAUGCAGGACACAGAUGGAGAGCACUACGGCUACGAUCAGACAGACUCCGGUCCGGCAGAAGGAGAUGAAGAAGACGGAGCUUUGCAUCUGGACUCUGGCGGUGACGGCGGCAGCGGACAUCACGGAAUCUCGCUGUCACGCAAACCGCGCCUGCACAUGGGUGCGGCUCAAGCUGCCGCAAUGGCUGCACUCGCGGNGGUCUAA